AAAAAAGGGCAAGUAUCCCAUGAAGGGGAUUUUAUUAGGACCGCGGAGGAGAAUUUCACUUCCUAUUACCAACCAUUGACACCUUGGGUCAACAGGCUACGGAAAGUAGUGUUUCCGAAUGGCGGGAGGUGGGAAAGAGAGGACAAAGGAUUAUACGCUCGGAUGAAGGAGAUCCUUCGGGAGGCCCGACGAGAUCCAAAGGUGUUGGCGGAGAGAUAG